AUGCUAGGCUCGCUGUUACUUUAUCUUGCUUUGGCAGUGCUCAUCGCUUCUCAUGUGGCUGCAGACCUUCUCAGCGAUAUUGAGACCGCGCUCGAGAACGCGGUGGAUUGUGCUUCAGGCCAUGUUUUGAUGGUUCCGUUGCAGGCGCUCGCUGCCCUGGGAAACGACGCGUUUGUUGAUACUAUCGUGGCUAUUUGCCAAGACUUCAACCUCGAGGACGACGACGUGUGCGCGGGCGCGAUCGGAGAACAGGGACCGAUUCUCGCGCAUGAUCUACGCCAAAUCUCGGCGACCGGACAAACUGCGUCGAAAUUCCUGGAUGCAGUUUUCGGGCUAUGCCAGCCCCCGGCUGUGAACGCCUUCACUGUGCCAUUCCCAAGUGCGGCACCGACCAACCCCAAGGCUUUCGUAUCCUCUGGCAAAGCACCCUUCCAGGUCAUUCAUUUCAGCGACGUUCAUAUCGACAGAUCUUAUACCGUGGGCUCCGAGGCGAAUUGCACGAAGCCCAUUUGUUGCCGCAAUUUUGAGGAUCAGACGGGCUCCGUGACAGAACCAGCGGAACCAAAUGGCAAUAGCCGAUGUGACAGCCCGGUUUCCCUCGCGGAUUCAAUGCUUGAAGCUGCUCAACACUUCGGUGGAUCCGCUCGCUUUUCCAUCUUCACGGGCGACGUAGUGGAAGGAGAGGUAUGGCUCGUUAACCAGACCGAGGUCACGGGUGACUUGGAGGCAUUCAAUGCGGAGAUGGCAUCUAAGCUCGGUGCCCCUGUUUUUGGAGCCAUAGCGCCUGUGAACAGCUUCCCAAGGAACACGACAACCACGACAAUAGACUCGCAAUGGGUAUUCGAUACGCAGAGUGCCGGAUGGACCCGAUGGAUCAACUCAUCCGCAGCGAACCAGCUGGAUCACAUGUCGGGCAGCUACUCUGUCAUCGUACCAGGGACAGAUCUGAAAAUCAUUUCGGUCAACACGCAGUAUUGGUACAAACAAAACUUCUGGGUUUAUGACAGCGACACGCAACAAACCGAUCCCAACGGGAUCCUUGGAUUCAUGGUGCAGGAGUUGCAGAGCGCGGAAGACGCCGGUCAACGAGCGUGCAUCAUUGGACACAUGCCCUUGGGGAAGGAGGACGCGUUGAAUGAUCAGUCCAACUAUUAUGACCAGAUAGUGCAGCGGUAUAAAAACACGAUUGCAGUGCAGUUCUUUGGUCACAGUCAUAAGGAUCAAUUCGAGAUUGCGUACUCGGAUUACAACGACCAGACCGCGUCUACGGCAACGAGCGUCGCUCUCAUUGCUCCUGCACUCACUCCUACCAGCGGUAACCCAGCGUUCAAGAUUUACGACAUUGAUCCAGACACGUUCGAAGUUAUCGACGCACGAGAAUAUAUCGCCAACAUCAGCUCGCCGGGAUUCCAAACUCAACCCACAUGGGAGCUGUAUUAUAGUGCUCGAGACAGCUACGGGCCGCUUGUUGGUAAUCUCGGCCCUACAGAUGCGCUUAACGCUUCGUUUUGGCACAAGCUCACGGAGGUCUUCGAGUCCGACGACGACGCGUUCCAGCUUUACAAUGCGCGGCUAAGCCGGGAGACGAUCGCGGAGGUCACGGCGUGUACCGACGACUGCAAGAACACGGCGAUUUGUGACAUGCGGGCUUUGAGGGCCGAAAACAACUGCGACACCGCGACGGCGGGGAUCUCCUUCAAGAGGGACACACACGAGCACUCCAGCGAGUCUGAUGCAUGCGAAGGCACCGGUGCCGCGCGCAUCAUGCGCAAGCUCAGGGACAGAGUUUUGUCCGGCUCGGUACGUUGUCGUGGUCGCUUGCAACGCAAGGGCCUUCCCUCAUCGAGUUUGCAGCGACUGCCCACGGACCGGCUGAGGAAGCGUCUGGAGGCGGUGAACCUGUAG